GUGGAACUUUGUGUAACUCGACCUCCUCUUCUACGAGUUCAUUGCUAUCAAAGAAGAUGAACAAUUUCUUACCCCAAAAAACAGAAAAGAUUAAUAAUUUGAAGUUACAUGAGAUUUUAGGGUUUAGGGUUUUAGGACGUUAGCUUCUGUUUGGUUCCCCGGAAACUAUUUUCUCAGAAACCUUCCCUUCACAAGCGGCUCUGCGUUUCAAAUGGGUCAUGGAGUAGUGUGCCAAAUCUGCAACGAAGCACAAUCCAAAUACAAGUGCCCCUCCUGCCGCGCACCUUAUUGUUCUGUGCCCUGCUUCAAUAAACACAAGGAAAACCCAUGUGCUUUGCCAGUUUUUUCUGAAGAAAAACCACCAACUGCAGGUCCAGAAUUACUGGUAGAGAGGCCGUUAGUUGUGGAGGAACCGCGCGAAGUGCUGCAAAGGCCGCAACUGGAGGCCAUAGUUUUUCUUAGUGAAAUUCGCAGUUCUUUGAAAGAUGAGAACCUUCAGAAACUCAUUUCGAGUAUCGAUUGUUCACCAGAUGCAGAGAAGGAACUUGAAAAAGCUAUGGGCGUGGACGUGUUUCAGAUAUUUACCGACAAGAUCCUAUCUACCAUCGAGACAUCUUCGACUUCAGCAAACCUCGGUGCAAACACAUAAGAAUAUUAUGCUGCCAUCUUGGGGUCUUCUUCCUCUAGUUUCCUGCCCUUCUUUGGCCGCAGAAUUUUGUACUCGGGUUUAAAGCUGAAACCAUGAAAAACUACUUUGUUUUGUGUAUGUAAUUUUAUCCUUCA